UCUUCCUCUCUCCUCCUCUGAAACUUGCUUUGCCCUGCACCAGUGCCAGGAUAUCCAAGCCUCACAUUGUCAUAUGGGCCUUGGGGACCCACUUGCAGGGAGGACCUACCCUCACAGGAAUUCAGGACCACUGGACUCACGCUUCAGGCACCCUUUGGGGAGAGCCCUGCCAAGCCCUCACUCCUCCCCUGCCCUUCUCUGCAAGGCCUCGAGAGAAUGCGACAAUCCCUCUGACCUCAGUUCCCCCGCACAGAGAAAUGGGCUCGUUGACAUUUGGAAGUUUUGGCUGGAGGCGCAGGGUUGCAGAAGCAAGCGGGCUGAGUACAUGCGUGGGACCGGCGUGUGGGGAGCCAGCUCCGCUCUGGUCCCUGGAACUCCCGCAUUCCCCGCACCCCGCACGCCCACGCGCCCUCCCCCUCCUCCCGCGCUGGUCUGCCCUGGACUCCACUCCUCCCGCCUCAGCCAAUAAAACGCACCCAGCAACGCGCUGUCCCCAGAGCGCACUGUGCGCGGUGCUCCCGGCCAGAGGCUGAGCCAGUGACCAAGCCGCCAAUGCCCAAGCCGAGCAGGGAGGGGAUGGAGCCCACGCAGCGGCGGCGGUGGCGGCGGCGCAGUUGCAGCCCGCUGGUCUCCGCCUUUCUGCGCGACCCGGGUUCAGGGCGCGUAUACAAGCGCGGGAAGCUGAUCGGCAAGGGCGCCUUCAGCCGCUGCUACAAGCUGACCGACAUGUCCACCAGCGCUGUGUUUGCGCUCAAAGUGGUGCCUCGUGGUGGGGGCGGGGCUGGGCGACUGCACCCCCGCGGCAAGGUGGAGCGCGAGAUUGCCCUGCAUAGCCGCCUGCGACAUCGCAACAUUGUGGCUUUCCACGGACACUUUGCUGACCAUGACCACGUAUACAUGGUGUUGGAGUACUGCAGCCGCCAGUCGCUGGCCCACGUGCUGGAGGCGCGGCGGACGCUGACGGAGCCGGAGGUGCGCUACUACCUGCGGGGCCUGGUGAGCGGCCUGCGUUACCUGCACCAGCGGCGCAUCGUGCACCGGGACCUGAAGCUCAGUAACUUCUUCCUGAACAAGAACAUGGAGGUGAAGAUUGGAGACCUGGGGCUGGCCACCAGGGUGGGGCCAGGGGGCCGCUGCCACAGAGUGCUCUGCGGGACGCCAAACUUCCUGGCCCCCGAGGUCGUGUCCAGGAAUGGGCAUUCUUGUCAGUCUGACAUCUGGGCUCUGGGCUGCAUCAUGUACACAGUGCUGACUGGCGUCCCUCCCUUCGUGGCGGCACCCCUGUCAGAGAUGUACCAAAACAUCAGAGCUGGCCACUACCCAGAGCCUGCACACCUGUCACCCAAUGCACGCCGCCUCAUUGCCCGCCUGCUGGCACCCAACCCAGCUGAGCGGCCCAGCCUGGACCACCUGCUGCAGGAUGACUUCUUCACGCAGGGCUUCACCCCAGACCGGCUGCCUCCCCACUCCUGCCACAGCCCGCCCAUCUUCACCAUCCCCCAGCCUCUGAGCAGGCUUUUCCGGAAGGUGGGCCGCCUGCUGCUGACCCAGUGCCGGCCACCCUGUAAGUACCACAUCUGCCCCUGCUCACCUGCUUCUACCUGCCCAGUGUCUGCCCUGCACCUCACACACCCAUCAUACUUCCUACCUACUCUGAAAUGUCACAUCCAUAGCAGAGGUGGAUGUGGGUGGCAGGUGCCCCUGCCCCACACGGGGCCAGCCUCUGCCCCCCAAAUCCCUGUGCCUCCUGCAGGCCCCUUCACUCCUAGGGAGGCCUCAGAUCCAGGAGAAGGAGGUCUUGACCCUGACUCCAUGGAGGCAGGCAGCGAGGCCUCCUUGUCAGUGAGAGGAGUUCUGAGCCCCGAGGAUCCCAUCCACCUGCUCGCACAGGGGACCCUCCGGAGUGGCCCAGCGGGGCCCGGCGGGAGCCCAAGGCAGGAGGUAGAGGCGGCCAUCAGAAACCUGCGGCUCUGCUUGGACUCUGGCCCCCUAGCCAUGCAGGAACCCCCAGGAGAGCAGUGGCCAGUCCUGUGGGCCCCCAAGUGGGUGGAUUAUUCCAGCAAGUAUGGGUUUGGCUACCAACUGUCAGAUGGGGGCAGCGGUGUCCUGCUUCGGGAUGGCACCCACCUGGCCCUGUGCCCCACAGGGGGCCAAGUCUACUAUGCACCUGACCGGGGAAAGCUGGAGACGUUCGCCCUGAGGGAUGUGCCCAGCCUGCUGGGUGCCAAGCUGGCCAUCCUGCGGCUCUUUGCCAGCUACCUGCAGCAGCGUCUGCGAGAGGAGAGGGGCCUGCUCACACCUGCCCAGCCUGCUGGCCCAGGCCUCUGCCUUCUGCGCUUCCUGGUGUCUGAGCAGGCCUCACUGCUACUCUUCAGUGAUGGGACGGUACAGGUCAGCUGUAGCCAAGACCAGCCUCAGUUCGUACUGAGUGAUGGGGGCAAGGAGUUGGUUCUCACCAUCUGGAAGCAGGGCCAGCCCGGCACCUCCUAUCCGCUGGGCGUCCUGCAGAGCCACGGCUGUAUCCCAGCCACCCGCCAGCACCUUCGGCAUGCCAUCCGCAUGCUGCAGAGCAUCUAGCGUCCCCGAGGGUCAGAGUGGACCUCUGCAUGUUGAUGCCCAGGACCCAGGCUCCAUUUCUGCCUCCUCUCAUCCCCAGAGGAGAUGUCCUUGGGGAGAGCUGGGGGAGCCCACGCAGGGUAUGGGGGGUGGCGCUGGGGUCCUUGCUUCCUGGCCUGACUGUUCAACCCAGACUUUUGUUUGGAUUUGUUCUUUUUUCAUUAAAGGAAUCUUGACUCUGCA